GUGUAUCAACCUGUCCGCUCACCACAAAUUUUCCUCUCAUUCUUUAAAAAUGGAGUCCCUAGCUAUGAGAAAAUAUUCGCUAACAGUUGUUCUUGUAGGAAUUCUAGCCGCUGCUGCCAUGCCCCAAAAUGUGUUGGCUCAAAACUGUGGUUGUGCACCAAACUUGUGCUGCAGCCAAUUCGGUUAUUGCGGUCUUGGCAACGACUACUGUGGCACGGGAUGCAAAGGUGGCCCUUGUUUCUCUAAAUCUCCCGGCGGUGCUUCAGUUGCCAGUAUCGUGUCACCUGCAUUCUUUAACGGGAUAAUUAAUCAAGCCCGUUCAGAUUGUGUAGGGAAGAGAUUCUACACGAGACAAGCUUUUCUGACUGCACACGAUUCGUUUCCUGAUUUUGGAAAAUUAGGUUCUGAUGUUGAUUCCAAGCGCGAGAUUGCUGCUUUUUUUGCACAUGCCACACAUGAGACUGAACACUUCUGCUAUACAGAAGAGAUUGACAAGAGCAACAGGUACUGUGAAAACAGUCCACAGUACCCAUGUGCCCCAGGGAAGUCCUACCAUGGUCGUGGACCUAUUCAGCUUACAGGGAACAUUAAUUAUGGGAACGCAGGAAAAGCCCUUGGGCUUAAUUUAUUGAACAAUCCAGAACUGGUGGCCACCAACCCCGUUGUCUCAUUUAAGACUGCAUUGUGGUACUGGAUGAAUGCUGUCCGCCCUGUCGUCAGGCAAGGGUUUGGUGCAACGAUCAAGGCUAUCAAUGGAAGAAUCGAAUGUGGAGGUGGAGCACCACAAAAGGUUCAGCGGCGUAUUGGGUUUUACACCGCCUAUUGUAAGCAACUUGGCGUUGAUCCUGGACCCAAUCUCUCUUGUUAGGUUGAGUUAUUUUCAGCUGUUUUUCUACUAGUACAACUAGAAGGCUGCUAAGGAUCCUGUUGUACGCAGAUUCUGAAUUUCCCGGAAUAAAUUUCAUAAGGUUUCUUGUCAGAGACCUGCAACGAAAUGAAGGGAAAUUUAUGUAUUGUAAUCUACUAAACAAAACUACGUGCCCUGCUUGCUACAACAAGCGUAAUUUAAUUACAUUUUCUUCU